AUGUCCGUGGUGCGUGGCGUGCCAUGGAUCAGUGUCCCGGCCUCGCUGCGUGAGGUCGUGCACGACAUGGAGCAGGCGUCGCCGGGUACGUGGGAAGAUGUGUGGGUCAGUUGGCAUGGCGUGGACGAACAGCGAUCGUUGAAGCAUGCCGUGUGGCGCGUAUCCAACGACGGCCAUGCGCCGCAAGUGGCGUCCCUCGCGCCAUCCACGCUGCCCGUGCGCGGUCUGCAUCCGUUGUGCGUAGACGUGGAAGCGUCGCCACCCAUGAUGGUGCACUUGGCCGAUCAGAUCAGUGCCUUGCCUGCGGCGUGGGGACCCAGUGUCAUGGCCCUCAGUGCGUGCGUCGGUGGCGUACAGCGGUAUGCGGUGGGUGGUGCAGACGGCGUGCUGCACACGGGCACAUGGUCCCACGAGCUCUUCGGCAGUGAGGAUGUGACGUGCGAGGGUCAUGCGAGUGAUGUCACGAGCGUCCGAUUCUUUCCUAGCGCGCAAGUGGUGCUGUCGACGUCCGUCGAUAUGCGUGCGCGCAUUGUGUCGGCGCUCGAUGGGACCUGUCCUCGCGUGCUCGAGGGACACACUCGUGCUGUGAACGACAGCGCCAUAUUCGGGCGCGGCCGGGAAGUCGCUACUGGCAGCAGUGAUGGCACCGUGCGCGUCUGGGACGUGGGGCACCACGUCACCCAGGCUCGAUGGGACGUGCAGGACGGCGUGAACGCUUUGGCGGUCCUGGGCGCUGCGGCAUCCUUGCCAGAUGAUCGGCAGGGUCUACUCGUGGCCGGGACGGACGGCGGACGUCUCUGCGGCUGGGACACGCGCACGGCUCCCCAAGCAGCAUGGGGGGCGCGUGUGCCGCCGCAUCCGUGGUGCAAGGAUGUGGCCCGCAUAUGUGCGUUGGAUGCGGACGAUACGAGGGUCCUUUUGGGCACGUCGAAUGGCAUGAGUGCCUUGUAUGAUGUGCGCCAACCCACUGCGCCGCUGGAUGCGUGGCACAGAAACGCGGCGAGUGUGACGAGCGUGGAACUCGCGGGCGACACGGCGAAGGUGUCGACGAGCGAUGGCCUGCCGUACGGCUGGCACGCAUCCACAGGGCAAGUGCAUGAGUAUGCAGGAUGGGAUGCCGAUGUCACGUCGUCGAUACGCACGGAUGCCUGGGGACGAACGAUCGUGCUGGGUGCACGGGGCAUGUUGGCUACGUAUGGGUAUCAUGGGUAUCAAGGACAUGAUCCGUGUUAG